AUGGUCGCUUGUAGCAAUAUUAUAUAUCUUUUACUUGUGAUCACUGUUGAAAGUUUUUCACCUGUAUGGAGUCAUGAACGACGUGGCUUUCUUCAUGCGAUUCGUAUUCAACCAACUGUUGGCGAACCUUGGCCAAAACCUCAAUCGAUACUGACAACAACUCAACGUUUAACAGUUAAUCCGAAAACAUUUCAUUUUCUUAUGAAUGAGACAAGCCAACGUUGUAGUUUAUUGACUAGUGCUUUUGAUCGAUACUACAGAAUAAUUUUUUUCCCACAAACUUACAUGCCUUAUAUACGACGUUCAUCAUCUUCGUUCACAACUAAUAAUGAUAUUUAUCAAACUAAGAUUAAUGCAUCUCUAAGACAAAAAUAUCCUUCCAGUAUUACCAAUAUAUCGUUACUCAUGAACCUUUACGUUAACGUUGAGCAACCAUGUGAUGAAUGGCCAAGUCUCGAAACGAAUGAGUCAUACACAUUAUUUAUCAAAAAUAAUCAUGCUGCACUCAAUGCUAUAACUGUUUGGGGUGCUCUACGAGGUCUUGAAACAUUUAGUCAAUUGAUCUAUACAGACGAUGAUCUUCUGUUUGCCAUAAAUGAAACAAUCAUCAACGACUUUCCUCGAUUUCAACAUCGAGGUCUUCUACUUGAUACAUCUCGACAUUUUAUUUCAGUCAAUACAAUUAAAAUGAAUUUGGAGGCAAUGGCUCAGAGUAAAAUGAAUGUAUUUCAUUUCCAUAUAGUUGAUGAUCAGUCAUUUCCUUACGAAUCACGCACAUAUCCUGAGUUAAGUAAUAAAGGUGCCUACAAUAAACAAGAUGCUUAUUCACAAAUUGAUAUUGCCGAUUUGAUUGAAUUUGCUCGACAACGUGGUAUUCGUGUAUUAAUCGAAUUCGAUUCACCAGGUCAUACUCUAUCAUGGGGACAAGCUAUUGAUAUAUUGACUAAAUGUUAUAGUGAAGGAAAGCCAACUGGUGAAUUAGGACCUAUGGAUCCAAGUCGUAAUUCAACAUUUGAGUUUUUGAAAAACUUUUUUAAUGAGAUUGCAAGUGUCUUUCCUGAUGGUUAUGUACACUUAGGUGGCGAUGAAGUUAGCUUCGAAUGCUGGAGAAGUAAUCCGGCAAUCAAAGAAUUCAUGCGACAAAUGAAAUUUGGAUUAGAUUAUGCAUUGUUAGAACAAUAUUACAUGCAAACAUUGGUCGAUAUUGUAAAUGCUACGGGAAAAGGCUAUGCUGUAUGGCAAGAAAUCAUUGAUCAUCAUGUGAAAAUUAAAUCAAAUACAUUGGUUGAAGUUUGGAAGGAACCAUAUAGUUUAGAAUUGGCUCGAGUAACAAAUCUUGGCUAUAGAGCUAUUCUAUCAGCAUGUUGGUAUUUGAAUCUGAUAUCAUAUGGUCAAGAUUGGUUUAAAUAUUAUAGAUGUGAUCCACAUAAUUUCAUCGGUACAGAAAAACAAAAACAAUUAGUUGUUGGUGGAGAAGCUUGUAUGUGGGGUGAAUACGUCGAUUCAACUAAUGUCAUUCCUAUCACGUGGCCACGAGCAUCUGUAGUCGCAGAACGUUUAUGGUCGUCAGCCGAUGUCAAAGAACCAAAACUAGCUAUACCACGUCUUGAAGAACAACGUUGUCGUUAUUUGAGGCGUGGCAUUCCGGCUGCUCCAAUCAAUGGACCUAGCUUUUGCAAUACUGAAGAUCGUAGUUUAUAG